AAUCGAGAAUCACAUCCGCCGACUCCUCUUCCUCCUUUCGAUAUCAAUCAAUAUUCACACACUCGCUCAGCAUUGCUCAGAUUGAUAUCCAUCCACGGAUGAUCGCGACAUGAUGCGGUCCUUUGCGCCCCGCCUGUCGGUGCUGGCGCUGUUGAGCGUCUGUAGCCGGGUCGCGAUGGGGAUUGAUCUCGACCUCACCUCUCAAGAUUCGAUAAAGUCUGUCGCAAGUACAAUAGCUUAUGACAUGAUGACCUAUUACCGGGGAAAUUACUCGGGUCAAACGCCAGGUCUGUUGCCAGGUCCGCCUCCGAAUCCUACCAUCACGGAUGCGGGGUACUUUUGGUGGGAGGCUGGUGGAAUGUUUGGUGCUUUGAUCGAUUACUGGUAUUACACAGGCGAUUCAACAUAUAACGAUGUUGUACAGCAAGGCCUCCUCUACCAAGUAGGCUCCGGUGAUGAUUAUCUCCCCGCAAAUCAAACAAACGGCAUGGGCAACGAUGAUCAAGGUUUCUGGGGCUUGUCAGCAAUGACUGCAGCUGAACUAAACUUCACAAACCCACCAUCAGACCAGCCACAAUGGCUCUCGCUUGCUAUUGCCGUGCACAACACCCAACUAGCUCGCUUCGACACUGUCUGUGGAGGUGGUCUACGUUGGCAAGCGUAUCCAUUCCUCAACGGAUACAACUACAAGAACUCCAUUGCAAACGGAUGCUUCUUCAACAUCGCUGCUCGAUUAGCUCGAUAUACGGGCAACGACAGCUAUGCCGACACAGCUACAUCGACCUGGGAUUGGCUAACAGCUGUUGGUCUCAUCGAUAAUAGCUACAACGUCUUUGACGGCACAGACACAGGCACCAACUGCACCAUCAUCAACAAACAACAAUUCUCCUACAACGCAGGCAUCUUCCUCCUCGGCGCCGCAACAAUGUACAACUACACAAACGGAAGCACCCAAGCCCUCUGGCAAACCCGCGUCGAAGGCCUCCUCAACCAAACAAUCAACGUCUUCUUCCCCAACAACACCGGCUUCGAAGUAACCUGCGAAGCCACCCUCAUCCACUGCACCAUCGACAUGCUCUCUCUGAAAGCCUACCUCACCCGCUGGCUCGCCGCCUCCACCAAAGUCGCCCCCUUCAUUUACGACCGCGUCAUGGUCCUCCUGCAAACCUCCGCCCGCCAAGCCGCGCUGCAGUGUUCCGGCUCGCCAGCCGACCACCCCAACGGCCGCAUGUGCGGCCUCUCCUGGUACAAAGGCGCCGUCUGGGACGGCACCUCGGGCGUCGGCCAGCAGAUGGCCGCGCUGGAGGUCAUCCAGAGUAAUCUGAUCCAGCAGGCCGCCGCGCCGUUGACGGGCAGUUCGGGCGGCACGAGUCAGGGCGAUCCGAGUGCUGGGACGAGUACGGGGAGUAGUCAGGAUCCGACGGCGUUGUUGCCGCCGACGGGUGGGGAGAAGGUUGGGGCGGGGUUCUUGACGGCGGUGGUUACUAUUACAGUAGUAGGGGGGUUGGUUUGGUUGAGUUUGCCGGAUGGGAAGGCGAGAUGAUUGGGGUGCAGCGGGGGGGAGGAGAAGGGAAGAGGAAUUGUAUGUAGAGUUUGUUUGUUUAUUGAUGGAGUUCUUUGGUUUUGGGUUUAUUUGGUAGAUGAAAUGAAAUUUGUUGUGUUAACAGCUAUGAAGUCCUAGCUUUUGCUGGAACUCGAGUGCCUUCUGAAUUAAUUCCCU